GUAAUUCGCGACUUGCGUCGAGAUAUAGAUAAUCUAUCAAUACUCGAAGGUCAAACCAAUGGGUUGGAGGCACGUGUGCACAACAUGUCGCGUGCUCUCCACGAUCUACAGGCUUUCACCGAAGCAGACAACGUUAAUGACAACGUUAAUGAUAAAUCUACCGAACCCAAAAUCUACCAGGAUGCAGCAGCCCAGGCGCGAGCACAGACGCUAGAGCUAAAUAAAGCAAUUGAUAACGGCGGCGAUGAUAGUGGCGAUGACGUUAUCUUCCUAGGGGAACGGCCCCUUCAAGAUGGUGCUUUUGAUAUUCACGAUAACGAUAGCAAUCGUGAGAGUUACCAGCUGGAGGCCAUUACCCGUGACAAUUUCGUGGCUUAUCUUAAGAGCCUCGACUUUCGUGCACCGUACGGGAUGGAAGCGUUUGUCAGUACGCCAGUUACGGCGAGAGACUAUCGUCUAUGUACGCUGAACGACGGCACGGUAUACUUUGUACGUCUAGGAACCAGCGAGAAAGGAUGGUGGAACACUGAGUAUGAGCCUUAUGAGCGAGCGCCCCUAAUGCUACCACGAUACAAACGUGGACACCUCGAUGGCGACCAACAUUUAGAUGCGAGGCGAUUACCUUCACUGUUACACUAUCGCAGCAACGUCUGUGAAGUCGAGUACCCUGUUUCGAAUACCACCUUCGCUCCUCCGCUCCGCUAUACAUUACCUCUAGGAGAGAUCCACGUAUACCAACCGAGAGUCGACAAGGCACCACCCAACCUCAUUGGUACAAAUUUCUUCUUGCUUAUGGAUAUCACCAACUCCAAGAAGUCAUUAUGGAUCGUAUAUGCAUACGAAUACCCUUUCAAUAAAAGCAGCGACCCUAGUCGCCCUGAGGAUACGAUUGAAACAGGAAAGUAUGAAUUGAACCGAAAUUCGCCUCUCUGUGCAACUUUCGGUCUUUUCGAUGUGGCAUGCAUAGCAAAUAGUCUAGAUGACUUCGUCAACUUAACCAAGGGAGGCAUGUCAAACCUUCGUGGGUACCAGCAGACCAUGUGCCCUCAACUCGAUCCCGUUAAAGUCCACCAAAUGCUCCGCUCGACUGCGUGUAUUGCACAGCCCGUGUUCACAGAACCGAACCUAGACAGCUUAACUCAUGCAAUUAAUCGAGGGUGGAAUAAAUAGGAGCUUUGUUUCCAUUGUAUUUUCAAAAUUCUUUUCGGCGACAUCACCUGAGAUACCGGUAGUUUUACUCGAUUUGUUUUACACAAUACCGAUCAGAGUCUCGAUCGUCUAUCUUCAUAUUAGCAAAAGGAUUGCGAGGUGUCAGGAGUUUUUGAUGAACCAAGAAAAAAAUGGAGGGGAGGCCGGAGGAAAUGAGAUUAUAUCUACAUUGAUGCCAUCCUAGACGAAUUUACCACGGGAUACGGUCCGAGUGUUGGAUGAACUUGACAGGUUGUUAGAACGGCGCCAUUAUGCAUAUCCUGCAAGUUACACUUCGGCUUAGCUACUAUUUUGCCCUCGCAUGACUGUUCAAGUUAUUCUGCUUGCAAGGGCUUAUUAGGUAGAGCUGCCUUAUCAAUUAACGCGUUGUUUCUUAAGAAUCUUGUAAAAUAUUCCCUGAGUGAAUUCGGGCACAGCUUGCUUUACCUAGGUAGGUACCUAAUAAACAUCAGCUUCCGCGAU